AUGAGUCCGGGGUGGAGAUUUUGAUACUCAGUUGGAUGGGGUUACGAUAGAAGUUACAGACCAACGCAGAUACUAUCGGGACAUUCUCCUCAUUAUGAUAUAAAUAGAAUAGUGGGAUGGGGCCACGUGUGUAUCUGUUUGUCAGCUCUUCGAAAUACCCGUGAUCAUCACACUUCCGCAUGGGAAUGCCGCGAACGAUACGGUGACCACGAAACAGGUACCUGCACCUGUCCGACUGUCCAAUUCACCCAUAUUUUUGAGCGUUACGACUUCCAUAAUGCCUGAUAUGUGUUGCUCGGACGAUGCGCUGUACGCAUCGGGUGGGAAGGGCUCCAUGCGAUAUUUAUUUCUUCAUGGAGGUCAUUCCCAACUACCCCCUCCUGACAAUUUCUCGGUGGAGGCCAAAGUGCUAGUACAGAAUACACACGGAGAGAUCAUUUUCGACGACAGCCCAGAUCAACCCACCUCACAGUAUCAGUUCAUUGAUCGCACCCUGAAAUCCGUCAAUGGGAAGGACGAUGCGUACAUACCAAAGCAGCUCUUUGUAGAAAAGAUGUUGAUGAAUGUUUCUAUCCCUACAUUACUAUUCGCCGAAAUUCCACGUGACCAUGCAGAUACCCCAAGCAGCGAGAAUGUAUCUUAUGUCACCCUACUAAUCCUCGGCCGAACCGGUGUGGAGCAAGCCUCCUUCCAGGACUAUGAGUAUCUCAAAUCGAUGCUUCAUCUAUUCGUUCCCCGAUUUGGACGGGCCAUAUCGCGCAUGAGCGACGUAUACCUUCCCGGAGAUGCACUGAAUCUGUCGCAUGAGGUUGCCGGCUAUAUGAUGGUCCCGUCGGGAGAUACCAACAAUCUUCGCACCUUUCUUGCCAUGUAUGCGAAGCGCUACAUGCUCAAGUCAUCUAGCGAAAGAGAGGUAUUGGAACGGUGUUUGUUACAUAUGCUAAAGAUGCCAUUUGAGUUGAGCUCGGCAAUACGGUAUGGUCUUAUCUUGUAUUGAGCUUGUUCUUUCGGGUUGUGGGCGGCGCUGGUCUAGUCUGCCGAUGUAUCGGCAGAAAUUUGAACGCGGAUUCUGCAUCCAUAUGUAACGUGUGAUACCUUUGGGAUCUUGGGUGGUUUUGGCCAAUUACGAUUCAAGAAUGCCAGGCAUUGACCCUUUACGUCGGAAACGCUUGUUGAACGCGGACGAAGAAAGGACGAUUAUUUCUUCUACACCGAUUGCUGCCAUAGCAUACAUGUGACAAGUGGAUAUAUAUUCCGAUGGUUCUGUCCUCUGAUA